GAUUGGCCCGAAUGGAUACGUUCGAGCACAGCGAGGCAGAUGAGUGCCUAUGGCUAUGGAAGUGCUUUAGGAAACCGCGGAACACCGAGUGCAACCAGGCGAAUGCACAUGAUGCAGCGCGCUGCCGGUCGCUGCUUCUAUCACUGGGGCUGUCAGCUUGGCGAUCGGAUCAACAAAAUGAUUGAGGUCGGUGGAACGUUGCUCGAGAAAUCAUCCGUCAAAAAGACAGAAUUAAAUCGCCGUGAACUUGUUAUUCGUGACGAUUUGGAAGAUUUUUUUGAUGAAGGUUUCGUAUCAUCAUUUGGUUUACUCCACUGUUUGCCAAUCGCAGUCAUCCCAAACCAUUUCGAGCAUAGCGAAAUAAAUACAGAAUAA